CGCACGAGCAGCACAGUGAAGUAUUGAGCACAGUCAGUCAGUGCGGAUGAAUGCGUUACUCCGAUAAAAGGAAUGAAUAAACGGUACAGGAAUUCACACAGCAAGUGAAUGAACCUUAAGGACGUGUUCAUCUCUUUGGAUAGCAGAGCUUUCGCUGAGUUCGUCUGUAGUUAAACGAGAGGAGAGCGCGAAACAAGCCUCAGAGAAGAAGUGUGAAGCAGACUUCUGAAAAGUGUCACAUUUGGCAUUAGCUGGAAGGGAGAGACAUUUACAGGUACAUAUGGGCCAGGGAGAGGCAUCAGCAAGAGGCACAAGGAUGGAGGGGGACUGUCUCAAUUGCAUCAAGUACCUCAUGUUCAUCUUCAACUUCUUAAUUUUUCUUGGAGGUGCAUUCCUGCUAGGGGUGGGUAUCUGGGUGCUGGUGGAUCCAACAGGUUUCCGGGAGAUUGUGGCAGCCAACCCUCUACUGUUUACUGGAGUCUAUGCAAUUUUGAUCAUGGGCGGGUUGCUCUUCCUACUGGGCUUUCUGGGCUGCUUUGGAGCCAUACGGGAAAACAAAUGUCUGCUACUGUUUUUCUUCAUGCUCAUACUCAUCAUAUUUCUGGCUGAGCUGGCGGUUGCCAUUCUAGCCUUCAUAUUCCGUGAGCAUCUCACCAGAGAUUACUUUACCAAGGAACUGAAGACAUAUUACCAUGGCAGCAAUAGCACUGAUGUCUUUACCUCCACAUGGAAUGCCGUUAUGACCACAUUUGAUUGUUGUGGGGUGAACAGUGCAGAGGACUUUGAUGAUCAGAGCCUCUUCCGAAAGCUGAACCCCAGCAGACUGUUGCCGGAGGUCUGUUGCCAGAGGAAUGAUUUGAUGAUGAGCAAAGAGGAGUGUCUCAAGGGAAUCAUGCCAAUCCGUAACAAGGGCUGUUAUGCAGCGGUAGUGGACUAUUUCGAGACGUACAUCUAUAUGGCUGGAGCUCUUGCUAUUGUGGUGCUGACUAUUGAACUCUUUGCCAUGGUGUUUGCUAUGUGUUUGUUUAGAGGAAUUCAGUAAUCAAGACAUGUUGUACCUAUGAAAGGACAUUUCGAGAUGGAAAAUGUCAUGGCAUAGAAGGCAAUUUUUUUUAAAAAUGAAAAAGAAGUGAAACAUAUAUUUGUCAUCUUUGUGUUGUUAAGUUGGAAUUAUUGAGAACUGCCAAAAAUGUACUUUACAGCUGGGACUUGUAAAAAGUAUAAGUAUCAAAUUCAUAAAGGGCAAUAUCUCAAUAGCCCUUUAACGAUAAUAGAGGGACACCUUGCACUGAAAGGAUCUUAUAUUUAUAGAUGACAAGACUGAUUUUUAGAUAUUUUACCUCUUGUCUAGAUUGUUCACCGUUGUUCCAGAGCCAAAUCUCUACCCAGUGUGAAUGGGUGUGUUUGAGUCUGAGAGACAAAGAGAGGAACGGUGUGUGUGUUUCUGCAUAAACUCUCAGAGACCAGCAGCUUCUAUAAAGUAAUGUUUUUUGUGUUGCAACCAUGAAGGUUGUAUGUGAUUUUAGCAAAGUUGUGAUAUUUGCAUUUGUGUUGUAUCUAUUGUAACUAUGCAUGACAUUGACUGAUGUAUUAAAAAAAAAAAUCACAUCACCUCUAUGAACAGUUUUCAAGAAAUACAUUUUUCACAUUUAUUAGUACUAAUUGAUUUAAAAAAAAAAAAAAAAAACACAUGGGUUAAAGGAUAGUGGUUUAUCUUUUCUUUUUUUUGCACAAAGAUACUUAAAUGUACAGAUGUUGAUGAAAGCAAGGUAAGGUUUUCCACUUUUGUAUAUGCUGAGUGCAUAUUUGCACUAUUUUUCUCAUAGGUUCAAGCUGGCGAUUCAAAUAGCAGAUAUAUUUUAAAGCUUCAAGAACAGAUUUCUGAGUACAUUAAUUUUGCAGCAUAUACUAAAUACUACAUAAACCAAAUAUGGUUCGAAAGAGCAUGUCUGUAGACUGGAAUGUUAAAUUGUGGGGAAAUAUAUGAUUCAGCUGCAACUCUUAUCUCCAGUCAUAAGGGGCACAGGGGCUGUGGGGCAUACAUAUUGCAGACUGACACUCACAAAUCUUGCACAGCAAGCAAGAUAAGCUGGCUUGUAAAACCAACCAAACAUGACUCCUGUUGACUGGAAAAAGGAAAAUAAAAUGUUUUCAGAAAAGCAUUACAAGCUACAUAGCCUGAAGAACGUACGAGAUAAAUAGCCUGGGCAGUGCAACACUCUCAACUGAUGAGACUGCAAGAAACAUACAGUUCUUUGGCAUGGUGAGUAGCCAAAAAUGCCUUCAUCCCAGUUUCAUCUUUUUCUUUACCACCUAACAGACCUCUACAUUGAAUUAUUAUAUUGGUACCUCUAAGAAAAAGAAACAUUCAAGACAAGUUAUGGGUGCCAAAAUUCAGUCCUUUAUAAUUUCUUCUCCAAAAGGCCUAAUGCACAAUUUUCACACCUGUGUUUUAGCAUAUUGCACAUGCUUGUCAUUGGUUUGGCUCCCAGAACGAGUUUCAGAGACAUGAGCAAAAGUGCCGUCAUUCAUUAACCACUAAAGGACAUGUUUAUAAUUUAUAUUUUCUUGACUAUCUGUAAAUGACCAUUAAUUUUGUGUAUCAUGUAUUUGAGUGUUAUUGACCUGUGUUUAUGAUUAAUGAAACUCUGUGAUUGUGGAAGAUUUGUCCAAAAAUAAAUAAAAAUAAAAAAUAUAUUUAUCAGUCUGGUCACACCACAAAAGAGGCCACAUUAUUGGCCUGGGAAGUAAAAUGACAAAUCCCUCUUUGACACCCAUUCCCACAGCUGGUGAUACGAAUUAUCAACAUUCAUGAUAUCAUAAUAUAUAUUUUACCUAAUUACACGUGUUGAAGGACCUGACCCUCCUAAAACAGCCAGCUCUG